UGCGUGCGCUCGACCUUUGGGUUUCCGAGCACAGACGCUGUAGAAGAACCAUAGCUUGGCAAUAUCGACGUCGUUACUGGGAUCAAUAUCUCCACAGGAAGCCAUGGAUGACGAUUUACGUGUUCACGAGCGCCCGUCCUACCAGAGCAGCGCCCACAAGCUGGCCACGUUUUUCAUCAUGACAGCCGGAAGUGCAAAGGCUACCCAGUUUCCAAUAAUGUUCAUUGUCUACGGAGGAGUUCCAUUCCUGGUGGCAUAUUUGACGCUCCUGGCAACCAUUGCAAUGCCUAUCAUGCACCUGGAAAGUAACCUCGGCCAGUUUGCUGGAGACGGGAACCGGGGCAUAUUUAGCACAGUGCCGUUGUUCAUAGGACUAGGUUAUACCAUGACGAUGUACGCGGUCCUGCACUCCAUAGGAGACUCUGUAACCUUGUCAGAGAACCUGAUACAGUUCUUGAAAUCACUAAAAGCGACGCCUUGGGUCGGUUGUGACCAGCAGUGGGUGUCAGAUAACCGUACUUGCUACACCAUUCGUCCAGGAAUGCCAUUGUGUCGAACGUUGCGGUUGAGCCUGGCAGAAUCUUUCCGCAGCCGAUCCUACCAAUAUGGCUUGCCAUUGAUCCACGGCGAGGAGGUUGUGCUUGUGCCAGCCUUUACAUAUAACGAAGAGGGAUCCAAUUGCGUUCCUGGACUUUACAGCUCUUUGCAGAGUUACUAUCUAUAUCGACAUGGAAGUUGGGCCAACACCUCUUUCAGCCACGUCGAGUCUCAUCCACUUCUAUCUGUAGCUGCAAUCUGGAUGUUUGUAUUUGCCAUGGCCCACAACGGCUUCACCCACGUCAGACGAUUCUUUUACGUAAUGACGUACCUGUACGCCUUGACAACGACACUGCUAUUUUUCCGAGGGAUUACUCUUUCUGGAGGCAUAGGCGGACUUGCCAUGUUCUUUUAUGCGGACUGGAGCUCCGUCGUCGACCAUGAGAUGUGGUUUAACGCGUUGUACAUUUCACUGGAGAGCGUGGGUGUGACAGGCAGUUUAUUCCUGGGUAUUGUACGCUUUAACCGCUUCAAAGAUAAGUAUCAAGAAGACGUCAAGUUUGUUUUGGUGGCAGACACAGCGUCGAAAGGCCUUGGAACUGCGAUAACCUUUAUGUUCCUCGGCCACUUAUCGUCCAGCGUCGGCAUCGAUGUCACAAUGCUAGUUCGCAUGGAUUCUAAAUUGUUCGUCAGCAUCACACCACAGGCUGUCAGUAUCGUCAGCAAUUCGCAAUUUUGGACCCAAAUACAUUCCGUGUGGCUCAUUUCAACGAUCCUACCUAAGUUUGUACUCGUCCCUGAUAUUCUGCUUGAAGUCUUGUCCGCAUCUCACCCACCAGUGGUGGAACAUCGAACAAUGGCUCACUUCUGCGUGUGUACUCUCCUCGUCGUUGUCAGCGUUGUCGCUUGUACACCGGGAGGAAUGGCCGUCGCCAGUCUCGUCUUCCACCAGCACGACCGAAUAAUACGCUUCUUGAUUUUUACGGCGGAGUCUUUCGUAAUCCUGCAGUAUUAUGGCAUGCGAAGAUUGAUCAUUGACUGUAAAAUGAUGACUAACGAAUGCCCAAAUAUGUUCUUGAGACUCUGUUGGACAUCCAUCAUCCCCUCGAUCAUUAUUGUACUGCUGACGGCCAAGUUUUUCGUCGUCCUUUGGUCUGAAUCUUAUCACUACCCGGUGUGGAUCAGGGCUGUGUUCUUCUGGUUCGACAUGGUGGAGCUUAGCUUCGUUCCUGUAUUUGCAGUCAUCAUCCUUCUCCAUACCGAUAUGGAUGAGCACCAGGCGCUUGUUCCACUCCCAUCCUGGACUCCUGACGACUGGGAGCAAUCGAUGGCCUACCGCCAAGCCCUCGUGGCCGAAGGCAUGGACGUGUCCCAGCGCGAGGAGCGCCUAUCCAGCAUGCCUCCAGCGACAUGCAUAGUCCCGGAACCGACACGGCAGUCGACGGUGUCGGAGACGGCGCAGACAACAUCGGACCAGUUGGGUACUAAUCUAAUAGUUUUUACAACACAAGCUAGCCCUGGCACAAGUGGCUGGCGACACGACUCCGAGGACAGUACGCCGCCGCCAUCUACGAAAGAAAGGAAGGAUGUUGCGGCGGAGUCGGGGACCUUGCACAAAUCUCGCAGUCUGUCGUCAGUGCUGAGAUCAGUCAGGCGAAAAGCGGCGCUCAAGGGAACUGUGCAGCUGGAUAAUGUAGGACCGCCUCCCGCCUUUUUACCUCAGCGGCAGCAGGAUGCAGUACCAUCUCCUGGGUUUUUACCUCAGCUGCAGCAGGAUGCAAUACCACCUCCUGGGGUUUUACCUCAGCGUCUGGGUGACGCGGGACCGCCACCCCAGUUGCUACCGAAGAAGUCAUCACUCAAGUCGAAGGCACUUGCGAAAGACGGGUCUGCUGCAAAGGCCCAGCCCAAAGUAGUGCAGACGCAGCUACCUCCCAUCAUGACACCUGACGUCGCGGGCAUAGAACGGUUCUCAGCUGUUUCUCCAGGAUCUCUCGUACCGUCGCAACCACCACCUCGGCCGCCCGUGGAGGCAAGACGUGCCCCACAAGCUCCAGCAGCUCCUCUGCUACCUCCACGCCCGACGGCCCCACGUCAGAGAAAGGUGUCGAGAAAGCCAUCCAGCGUGUCAAAGGAGUCAUCAGUGAAACACAUGAUACGAAGACUCCUCAGGAUGCCGUCAUCUCAGCCAAGUUUAAUCGAACCGGUCCACACGUACGAUUCCCACAAACAUCAAACAGCGCAAGUGGCAGGGGCGUCCAAUGUCCCUUCCGUCUCACAACAAGACCACAGAACAGCUGCCGCGACCAGCGCUGAGCCCACGAAAGCCAUUGCCGAGGAAAAGCAACGGCCGGACGUCGUUAGCCCCGAAAAAACGCCAGUCUCCGUUGAAGAGCAAGCACCACCUCCUCCUGUCGUGGAAGUUCCCAACGAUAAUCCUCCCCAGGAGCAGAAGAAGAAGCGAAAGAAACAUAAGAAGAAGAAACGUGAAGAGAAGCAAACUUGCAAGGGAGCUGCAAACAAGGACACUGCCGCGGGAAAAGACGCGAACUCCUUGUGAUGCACGCAACGUGGCCUGAGUGUUUGCCACCCGGGCAUGAGUAUACUGUAUGUGGCACCUUUGAUGUAUGUUUUUGUUAUGCGUGAUUUAUGUUUGCAGUGCGUCCAAGCGAAAUAGGUCGCACAGAAUGCCGAUCUCGAUAAAACAAUGGUAGACGUCUCA